GGCGGCCAGCUUGACGGCUAAAGCGCCCACAUCCAUUUCAGGGAUUUAAAGUAAAACCGCAAUAGUAAUGCCUUGGUUAAAGGCGGCGAUUCGGUUUGGUACCGUAAUAUUUUAACCCACAAACAACUGUUGCCCUAGUUUUUCCUGAAGUUUAAAGAAAAUAUAACCAUGACUCUGUUUCGACACAAAGUGCUUCUGCUGGGUCGUACCAUGGCAUCCAGUUCGGCUGUUACGCGCUUUGACUUCCUGGUCAUCGGCGGUGGGUCUGGGGGGCUGGCCGGUGCCAGGAGAGCCGCGGAGCUUGGAGCCAAAACCGCCGUGAUCGAGGGUAAAAAACUCGGGGGUACCUGCGUCAAUGUUGGGUGUGUCCCUAAAAAGGUGAUGUGGAACACAGCGGUGCAUGCAGAGUAUCUUCACGAUCAUGAGGACUACGGCUUCGAGGGAAGUCACACCAAGUUCAAUUGGCAGACAAUCAAGAGUAAAAGAGAUGCCUAUGUAAAGAGACUGAAUAACAUCUAUCAGAGUAAUCUCGAUAAGGCUAAGAUAGAGAGCAUCCAUGGUCACGCGGUGUUCACCAACCACACCGAGCCCACAGUAAUGGUGAAUGGGAAACGCUACACGGCGCCUCACAUUCUUAUUGCCACUGGGGGGCGCCCUUCAGUGGCCAGUGACAGCGAGGUCCCAGGAGCAAACCUUGGUAUCACCAGCGAUGGCUUUUUCGAACUUGAGUCUCUGCCCAACCGCAGCGUCAUUGUCGGGGCUGGCUACAUUGCAGUGGAGAUGGCUGGCAUCCUCGCCACGUUGGGGUCCAAGACCUCCCUCAUCAUUCGGCACGGCGAGGUAUUAAGGAAUUUUGAUUCCUUGAUUAGCUCCAAUUGCACCAAAGAAUUACAAAAUUCCGGCAUUGAAUUGUGGAAGUACUCUCAGGUAAGAUCAGUGAAAAAGACAGAGACUGGACUGGAAGUCGCACUGGUCACUAAAGACCUAGAGAAGAAUGAAGAGAAAAUGAGCACCAUCUCUGAGGUGGACUGUCUGCUGUGGGCCAUUGGCCGUGAGCCGAACGUUGAGGGGCUCAACUUGGAGAAGUUGGGUGUGAAACAGGACCAGAGGAAGCACAUUGUGGUGGAUGAGUUCCAGAACACCAGCCGACCGGGCAUCUAUGCGUUGGGGGAUGUCUGCGGCAAGGCCCUGCUGACUCCGGUUGCCAUUGCUGCAGGUAGGAAGUUGGCUCACCGGCUCUUUGAGGGCAAACAGGAUUCAAAGCUGGAGUACUGUAACAUACCCACGGUUGUGUUUAGUCACCCGCCCAUCGGCACUGUUGGCCUCACUGAAGUGGAGGCCAUUAAGGCUCACGGGAAGGAGAACGUGAAGAUAUACACAACUGCGUUCACUCCUAUGUACUACGCCAUGACAGCGCGGAAGUCGCAGUGUGUCAUGAAGCUGGUGUGUGUGGGCAGGGAGGAAAAGGUGGUGGGGCUUCACAUGCAGGGCCUAGGCUGUGACGAGAUGCUGCAGGGUUUUGCGGUGGCGGUGCAGAUGGGUGCCACCAAGGCCGAUUUCGACAGGACAGUGGCCAUCCACCCCACCUCUGCGGAGGAGCUGGUCACCAUGCGUUAGCCCUCCACCCACCUCUCACCAUUCCUGGGGACCCAGUGUACCUUUUGACCAAAGUGGAUGAAUGACUGGCUUUCCCACAUAUCAGCUGCAUCACUUCUUCAUUACUGAUUAAACUUGAAAUUAUAGUA